AUGGGGACAACCCUCGAUGGCCUCACACCAUCGAGCCUGAGCCAGCGUAGGCAAGCCGCUUUCAGUCUCGAACUCCCACCCCCCAACGCUCUCCACUUCAACCCCGUGGUAUCAAGUCAGAAAUUCCCACCUCUCUCGGGCCUCAAUACGUCUCAGGCUGUACCGCCCAUCAACGUCGGACAGCUUUUGACCCCUCCGUCCAAUUCCGCCUCCGAGAGCAGCGCUGGCUCGUCCGCCAUUCCCACAGGAACAACCCCAAACAGCGCAGCCGGUCCGGUGUUGCCCUAUACGCCCACGCUAUUCGGAACCGGUAACACGCCGACGGGGUUUCACACGGGAUACACACCUCCAUCCUGGCAGAACGGAUCGCUUGUUUCCGCCCGCUCUGUGUUUUCGCCAAUGCCAGGUGCCUCGCUGAGGAAUAGCACCAACUCGCCUACAGCAGGAGAAGCCUCCGCACUUCCACCUCCGCCCUAUGAUCUCCAUUCGGUUCAACAGUACGGUGCCCCUCUGCAGCUCUCUUCCCCGAACAGCGCUACCCACGCUACGGGCCAGCAGACCCUCAUUUCACCGCUGCCACACGGUGUGAGGCCAUCCAGCCAGCAGUCUCCCGUGACACCUGGCGAUGGGGUCAGCAGAGCGGCAUCGAAUCCUGGUCUGUAUGCGACCAUCCCGACUACGGCUCAACAACAUCAUCCAGGAUAUCAUUAUGCAUCCGCGACUCCAGUGUCACAGAGCCCUCAUCCCCACUCUCUUUCGGCUCCUCGAGUUUCACCCCCGCUCCAUCAAGGACCUCAGCCUCAGGCUCCCUUCAUGCGUCAUCCUCCGCCCUCGUAUUCAUUACCCGCCAUGCCUGGUCCGAUCAUGUCCAACGUUCACAGUCCCGGCGCUCAAAUGGCAAUGGUUGGCAACAUGCAGGCCAAUAUGUUGCCCAUGAGUUUCAACAGCGGCUAUGCGGCAAAUCCUCAAAACAUGUAUGGCCAACCACGGAGCAACACGCCUCAACAACAACCGGUACACGAUCGGCCGUUCAAGUGCGAUCAGUGUCCGCAGAGUUUCAAUCGCAACCAUGACUUGAAGAGACACAAGAGAAUCCACCUGGCUGUAAAGCCUUUUCCUUGUAGUCACUGUGACAAGAGCUUCUCUCGCAAGGACGCGCUCAAACGACAUAUCCUGGUCAAAGGUUGCGGCAGUGGCAAGCCGCCCGAUUCUUCGUCCAGAGAGGACGGUGUCAAGUCUGAGUCUGGAAGCGAUGGCAUGAACGAGAGCCCAGCCGCUGCGCCCGCAGCCUAA